CGGUCAUCCUCGGGGUCAGAGGCUUUCAGUUGUUUCCUCGUUGAUGACAGGUGUCACUUAGUCACUCAGAUUCUGUCCUGGGCCAGCAUUCUGAGGAUCUGUGGCUGAGCAGACUGACAGAGGCCUCGGCCAGAGCAGAGUGCCACCUUCUAAGUCCGAGUAGUCUGUUGGGAUGAGCGCUGUGAAUUCCGCUGAGACCUGUUUGCCUGCCUGCCUGCCUGCAGGUGCCAGGUGAUGUUACCACCAAAAUGUGGAAUGUCAUUCUGCUCGAGUGGGAUUUGGAAAGCUCUACAAACUGCCACAGGACCUGCUCCUCGUCGUCCGCUCCUCACCAGGACAUGUGGCUCGCCGCUGCCAGUUGCUCAGAUGCAAGUAGUAACAGAGUUGAAAACAGAGCAAGACCCCAACUGCUCUGAACCUGAUGUGGAAGGAGUGAGCCCUCCCCCUGUGGGGUCCCAGACACCGAUGGAUGCAGACAAGCAGGCCAUUUAUAGGCAUCCACUCUUUCCAUUAUUAGCUUUGUUGUUUGAAAAAUGUGAGCAAUCCACACAGGGCUCAGAAGGCACAACUUCUGCCAGUUUUGACGUGGACAUUGAAAAUUUUGUAAGGAAGCAAGAGAAGGAAGGAAAGCCCUUCUUUUGUGAAGACCCUGAAACCGACAAUUUAAUGGUAAAAGCAAUCCAGGUUUUGCGUAUUCAUCUUCUUGAGCUGGAAAAGGUUAAUGAACUCUGCAAAGAUUUCUGCAGUCGAUACAUUGCUUGUCUAAAAACGAAAAUGAACAGUGAAACUCUCCUGAGUGGAGAACCUGGAAGCCCGUACUCCCCUGUCCAGUCCCAGCAGAUUCAAAGUGCCAUCACGGGCACUCUCAGCCCCCAAGGAAUCGUGGUGCCUGCAUCUGCGCUGCAGCAGGGGAACGUAACCAUGGCAACAGUGGCAGGCGGCACGGUUUAUCAGCCUGUCACAGUUGUCACUCCACAAGGCCAAGUAGUGACGCAGGCAUUGUCACCAGGGACGAUCAGGAUCCAGAACUCCCAGCUUCAGCUGCAGUUAAACCAAGACAUGAGCAUCUUGCAUCAAGACGACGGCUCCUCCAAGAACAAGAGGGGCGUCCUGCCGAAGCACGCCACCAGCGUGAUGCGGUCCUGGCUCUUCCAGCACAUAGGGCAUCCCUACCCAACAGAAGACGAGAAAAAACAGAUCGCUGCUCAGACAAAUCUGACAUUGCUCCAAGUCAACAACUGGUUCAUCAAUGCUAGAAGACGAAUUCUGCAGCCAAUGCUGGAUUCUAGUUGUUCAGAAACCCCCAAAACAAAGAAGAAAACUGCUCAGAACAGACCAGUUCAGCGGUUUUGGCCCGACUCCAUUGCGUCAGGAGUCGCCCAGCCGCCACCCAGCGAGCUCGCCAUGUCGGAAGGAGCUGUCGUGACGAUCACCACACCUGUGAGCAUGAACGUGGACAGCCUCCAGUCCCUGUCCUCGGACGGCGCCACCCUGGCCGUGCAGCAGGUCAUGAUGGCAGAGCAGAGUGAAGACGAGUCCGUGGACAGCCCCGGAGCAGGCAGGGCCACGCUCACCCCCGCGCACAUCAGCGGGCUGGUCCUGGAGAACAGUGACUCUCUGCAGUAGACCGUGGCCAGGACCCAGGCAGCCCGGACCCAGGGGGCGCCAGGACCCAGGGCAGCGGGCCUGGAUUUUUAAUAGUUUGCACAGCAAACAUUUUACACAGUUUUAUUUCUGAUCUGUUUUAUAUGUAGAUAUAGAAGAGUGCACUUUUGUAUUUCCUAGCGAGCUCCCAGAGCGUCUGUGCCGGUGCAGCGACUUCUUUCAAGUGUGUGUGUGUGCGCGUGCGUGUGGGUUUCCAAGGAAUGUCUUUAAAGGUAUAACGCUAAAAAUGUGAUGGAUGACAAACACCCUGUGAGCCCCUGAUUAUGUUAAGGAUCGGUGCUGCCGAUUUGUAAAAAAUUAUGCAGUUUUAACUGAGUUCUGUGGCUAGAGCAGGUCUCGUGGGCUGGCUUAUUUGUGUGGCCCACGGGUUUGAAAGAAGCUUCUGCACCUUAAAGCCACCAGCACAGGGCGAAGGGACACGACGGCAGACUGGCGUGGCUCCGUGGCGGGUGCCCCGAGGCCUCUGCGUUCUCCCACAGCGCGGGAGCCUGUUUCAUUUGCUAUAUAUAGAAAGAAACUCCUAUUUUUACCUUGCUGGACUUAUUGGAUAAAAAAGCUAUUUUUAUAAAUUCCUUAUGAAUUGGAUUAUGACUAUAUUGAGGGUAAAAUUUCUAGAGAAGAAACCAUACAUGCUUACUAUUUCAAUUUGGAGUGAUGAAUUGACCAAAUUUAAUGAACCUGCCCCAAGAUAGUUAGGGUAGUAAUUUACAUUUAUUACUAUGAAAGAAACAACUAUUUAAUGAAAUUUUGGUAUCUUCAAAUUUUAGUUUACACAUAAAUGUGCAGAUUGCAUUUUCACUUAAUCUAAAUGUCCCUGAAAUGGCAUCUGCUAACUAGGACUUAGUUACGUGAAGUGGUAGACAGUGAUGGGUUAAAGCUCUCCCCAGACGCAUUUCCGUCUGACUUAAAGUUGACUGCGGCUGCGUGGUGACCACGCCACAUUAGCUGCGUAUUGUUUUAGGGUUUGUUAGUCAGCCAUAUGUUAUGCAUAGAAUGUUUAUUAUAAACUAAUAUAAAACGUCCUCCAUCCCAUUGGCUCAGACCUGGGGUAAGUCGCAAACAUUCACCUUUGUUCCAUGAUUAACGGAGAGAGACCCGUGAAGGGACAGGUGAGUGGGGCCAUGCUGACCGUGCGCUGUGCUCUCCUGCCAUUGGCUGCACGUGCACCAUAGGUCCUGGGGCCCCAUGUGUCCUCCUCGUACGCGUGACUGGAGUGUCCAGAGCCCUUCCCUCCUUUCCAGCACAUGAGAUUUGAAAUAAUGUUAGGACUCCCAUUUCCUGGUGACAAGACGAACCAAAAUCAUAGACUGGGUUUUGUCUGCUUUGGUUGGUUGGUUUUCACUUGUUCGCUUGCAAGCGGGGCUGUUGCUCAGAGAGAAAACAGGGCACCUGUUUUCAGGAGCAGGUCUGCACGUAACCCGAACCGGGUUGCUUGCCGGGAGUCGGCGCCUUCCUGGAGGAGGGUCCCGUGGCUGGGAAGGCGCAGUGCCUGGGAGUCAGCUGCAGCAGCGGGUUGUGGACAGGGUCCCUUGGAGAGGUAGUCAGAGCUGGAGCACAUUUUUUCUGGGACUGACUUUUUCUUAAAAAUGGAUUAAUUAAAGUCAAUCGUAGGAAACGACUUCCUGGAUGACCUAGAAGGCAGAGAGAAAUAAUAGGAAUUUCUUUUGAGAGAAAUAAUAGGAAUUUCUUUUAAAAAAGUAUUUCAGGAGCUUUGAAAAGAAAAACUUGACUGUCAACUCUUUGGGGAGAUAAUACCAUUUUUAAGCAACUGUUGAUUGCAUUCCUUAUUUAUGAACAGUUUUUACUAUUUUAAGUCUACACAACUUUACAUUUUAGCUUUACUUAAAUUCUAACUCUGGGGGCCUUCUCAGAAACCAUCGUCUGUGGAAGCCGGCCCUCUCCUUCCUUCCUCACCCCGCCCUCCCUCUGUCCCUCGGGGCCACCCUGCUCUUUGGUUUAGUGUGAAAACAUUCAGAGGAUGUGAGCUCCUUCUGGGUCGUUGCUUCUCCCCCCGCCAGAAACCGUGCCCAUGGGGGCAGCAGAUUGUCGGCUGGGGCUGCGCACACCGCGUCAGAUCGGAGGCGGCUGCAUCAGGGUUCGCGCUGGCCCAGACUCAAGCUUCUGGGCCCAGUGACACCCCACGAGCCUCUGCAGCCACAGCUGGUUCCCUUAGGCCCUGAGUUCUCAGUCACUGUCUUCAGGGGACGAGGGUGAAGGCCGCUCAGAGAGCACGCGCUCCAGGGCAGACGCAGAGAGCAGGCGCUCCAGGUUUCUGUGACCUCUCCCCCUAGUAACCGCCUGCCGUGGCUGUUUCGGUCCAGAAAACUGCUGCCCAGCACACAGGCCGUCAGUGUCCACCUUGUCCAUGCCUGUUGUCCAGCCCUCGGGCGUCACAAGAACCUGUGAAAGUGCUGCUUCUGCUGAACUGUCAUUGCGAAGAGGCUGACGCUUUGCCCUCAUUAAACUCCCCCGAGGCAGGGGGCUUUUGAAUGUAUCUGAGACCCCGGGCAAGCAUGUUGUCCCUGCUGCUCAGCCGUGGAGCAGGUGGCUGACAAUGCAGGCUGUGGACUGACCCAGCUUCCAGUCUCUUGGUUCCAGGUGGUGAAAUAAGUUUAAGCAUUUAUCCCGUGUGCAAAGGCCAGUGGGCAGGGCCCUGCCUGUUCACAGGCCGCGCAGUGACGUGGCUCAGACCCCACACCGAGGGUUUCAGGAAUCAGUUCCGGCACCUGUCGGGUGACUCGGCUCUGACCUCUGUGAGAAAGUUCGGGGCACGUUUUUCUGUCAUACAAACGCAGAUGCACCCGGAGGGUGUGACAGGCGCAGUGUUGGCAGUAGUGACAGAAGUGACUCGGCAACCUUCCUUCGUUUCAGUUACGUUUGGUCUAUGAACUGACAAUCUUUAAAACGUGAAUACUGUAACAAUAUGUUUUCUUGGAUUGUUGUCUUUAAAAGGGAUUUUUGUGAAGCAAUUGAUUUAUCAAAGCAAAAAAAAAUUAAAAAUAGAAACACGCCUUAUGGAAGUUUUAUUUUCUAAAGCUCAUGUCACCGCACGCUUUCCCAUUUUAAGUAAUGCGUUCAGGCUGUUGACGUGUUUGCUGGUGACAGUUGGGGUUUGUGGUGACCCCUGCACACUUAAAACUUAGGGUCACCCUGCACUG